CGCAGGGAACAACCACCACAAUUGAAAAUGACAUCACGGCUUUUAAUGGGUAUAGUAAAUAGUAACAGAGUGCGUUGACACACUCCACAAUACACUCACCACUCUCCUCUUUCUAGGGUUCUUAGCUCUCAUCGCUCUUCACCCGCUUCAUUUCUAGGAAGAUGGAUUCGUUUGAACCUGAUGGUAAUGGGAAGGAGGAGAGUUUGCCGUUGCCGCCACCGCCUCCGGUUCUCCCUUCUGAUGUGGUACCUCUAAAAGCAGAGGAGGUGCUUCCUGCUGCUCCACCUCCUGAACCGGUGAAGAAGAAAACACCUGCGCGUCUUCCGAUUGCUAGACGUGGUCUGGGAACUAAAGGGACGAAAAUACCGCUUCUGACCAACCACUUCAAAGUUACUUGCACCAACAAUGAUGGACACUUCUUCCAUUAUAGUGUGAAUUUUACCUAUGAAGACGGGCGCCCUGUAGAAGGUAAGGGUGUAGGGAGGAAGAUAAUGGACAAGGUGCAAGAGACUUAUCAGUCUGACUUAAAUGGCAAGGACUUUGCGUAUGAUGGGGAGAAGAGUCUGUUCACUAUUGGCUCCCUUCCUAGAAACAAGCUUGAGUAUGAAGUUGUUCUGGAGGAUGUGACAUCAAACAGAAACAAUGGCAAUUGUAGCCCUCCAAACGGUCAUGGGGAGGACAAUGAGACUGACAAGAAGAGGAUGCGGCGCCCUUAUCGUGCCAAGACGUUUAAAGUUGAGAUUAGCUAUGCUGCCAAAAUUCCAAUGCAGGCCAUUGCCAAUGCCUUACGAGGGCAGGAGUCAGAAAACUUCCAAGAAGCCAUUCGAGUGCUAGAUAUCAUAUUGAGGCAGCAUGCGGCUAAGCAAGGCUGUCUGCUUGUACGUCAAAACUUCUUUCACAAUGAUCCCAAAAACUUUGCUGAUGUUGGAGGCGGUGUUCUAGGCUGUAGAGGAUUCCAUUCUAGUUUUAGAACUACACAGAGUGGCCUGUCUCUGAACAUAGAUGUCUCCACUACAAUGAUAGUUCAACCAGGACCAGUGGUAGACUUCUUAAUUUCCAAUCAAAAUGUCAGAGAUCCUUUUCAACUUGAUUGGACCAAGGCCAAAAGGACGCUGAAAAACCUGAGGAUUAAAACCUACCCUUCUAAUCAAGAGUUCAAAAUUACUGGAUUCAGUGAACUCCCCUGCAAAGAACAGACCUUUUCUCUGAGGAAAAAAGGUGAUGGUGAUGAUAGUGAGGAAGUUACUGUCUAUGAUUAUUUUGUUAAUACUCGUAAGAUAGAACUCCGCUACUCUGGUGACCUGCCAUGUAUUAAUGUGGGGAAGCCUAAACGGCCCACAUUUUUCCCCAUUGAGCUCUGUGAAUUGGUAUCCCUGCAACGAUAUACCAAAGCUUUGACCACACUUCAACGGUCCUCAUUGGUGGAAAAGAGCAGGCAGAAGCCACAAGAGCGAAUGAAUGUUUUGACUGAUGCACUGAAAAUUAGCAACUAUGGUGCUGAACCUUUGCUAAAGAAUUGUGGAAUUUCUAUAAGCAAUGGCUUUACCCAAGUCGAGGGUCGUGUUUUGCCUGCUCCAAGGUUGAAGUUUGGCAAUGGUGAAGAUAUGAAUCCUAGGAAUGGAAGAUGGAAUGUGGCCAGGAUGAAAUUUGUGCGGCCAACUGCAAAGGUUGAAAGAUGGGCUGUGGCCAACUUUUCUGCACGUUGUGAUGUUCAAGCACUUGUGAGAGAUCUAAUGAGAAUUGCAGAUAUGAAAGGAAUUCAAAUGGACCAACCAUUUGAUGUGUUUGCUGAAAGUCCUCAGUUUAGGCGUGCCCCACCUAUGGUUAGAGUGGAGAAGAUGUUUGAGGACAUCCAAUCAAAACUUCCUGGGGCUCCUCAGUUCCUUCUCUGUUUGCUUCCUGAUAGGAAAAACUGUGAAAUUUAUGGUCCAUGGAAAAAGAAGAAUCUUGCUGACUUUGGAAUAGUUAAUCAGUGCAUGUGUCCUUUACGGGUCAAUGACCAGUAUCUGACAAAUAUUAUGCUGAAGAUAAAUGCUAAGCUUGGUGGGUUGAAUUCAUUGUUAAGUGUGGAAUUGUCUCCUUCUCUUCCCAUUGUUUCCAAAGCUCCCACCCUCAUUCUAGGCAUGGAUGUGUCUCAUGGCUCACCGGGACAGACUGAUAUUCCUUCAAUUGCUGCGGUGGUCAGCUCCAGAGAGUGGCCUCUGAUAUCAAAGUAUAGGGCUUGUGUUCGUACCCAGUCUGCAAAGGUUGAAAUGAUAGAUAACUUGUUCAAGCAAGUGUCAGAAAAGGAAGAUGAAGGCAUCAUGAGGGAACUUUUGCUUGAUUUCUAUCUAAGUUCUGGGAAGAGAAAGCCAGACAAUAUAAUCAUUUUCAGGGAUGGAGUCAGUGAGUCGCAAUUCAAUCAAGUGUUGAAUGUUGAGCUUGAUCAAAUCAUGGAGGCAUGUAAAUUUCUUGAUGAUAAGUGGGAGCCAAAAUUCGUUGUAAUUGUUGCUCAGAAGAACCACCACACAAGGUUCUUCCAGCCUGGCUCACCUGACAAUGUCCCACCUGGAACUAUUAUUGACAAUAAAAUUGGCCAUCCCAGAAAUUAUGAUUUCUACCUUUGUGCGCAUGCUGGAAUGAUUGGUACCAGUAGGCCUACACACUACCAUGUGCUGCUAGAUCAGGCUGGUUUCUCUCCUGAUGAACUGCAGGAGCUUGUACACAGUCUAUCAUAUGUGUAUCAGAGGAGCACCACUGCAAUUUCUGUUGUUGCUCCUAUAUGCUAUGCCCACUUGGCUGCAACCCAGUUGGGCCAGUUCAUGAAAUUCGAGGACAAAUCUGAGACAUCAUCAAGCCAUGGUGGACUGAGUGCUGCUGGAGCUGUUCCUGUCCCUCAACUGCCCAAAUUGCAGGAUAAUGUUUGCAACUCUAUGUUCUUUGUUUGAGGCCUAUAAGCGCCUUAGACAAGAAUGCUGUACAUAUAACUAAGUUCCUAACUAGCUUUUCUGUGUUAACCUAUGUUGAAGACCUUAUCUUAUUAGCCGUAGGGCUUGAAUAUUGGGAGGCUUUUAUCACAAGCCUUCUCAUGUGUUUGGAGCCUCUGUUUUGUGGUAGGCUAAGUGAGCCUUUCUGUUUUGUGGUAGGCUAAGUAUCUAUGAACAUGGAUUAUGGAAUUUUAGCUAUGUUUGGAUACACUACUAUAUUUUGCAAGUGAACCCUGUGUUUUACAACUAUAAUAUCAGGUGUUGAUGUUUCAUCUAA